GCCUUGUACAAAUAAUGUUUUCCAAUACUUCAAUAUUUUUGAAGUGUAUGGAAUUCCUUUUGUCCCAGGUUUUUUGAUCAAUCUUAUAAAUUAACUGUGCGUGCAAGUACCUGUUUUGCGUUUCAUAUAUUCCUUUAAGAUUUAUUGUUAAAAAUUAAAUUUUGUUUGCCUGAUGAACUUUGGAAUUCAUUUAGGAAAGGGUCUAACAUGGUGGUUUCCCUGGAGAGAACCUGAUGAAGGCUUCUGUUGGACCGAAGACACAGAAAAGAAACUAAAAACUGAGAUUGAAGGAAUUAAACCAACAGAAAGGUCUGGUCUCACAAAGUUAAAAGCUCUUACAAUUGGCGCAUGUGGACAUGGGAAGUCGGCACUGAUUAACUCAAUUGCUUCAAUAAAUGCUGGCUACAAAACUACUGUUUGUAAUGCUGCUCCGUCAAAUGAAACUGUUACCAGAGUUUUCAGAGAUAUCGAGUUUGAUGACGAAUUUGGUCAAUGUGUUUUUGGGGAUAUUUCUGGGCUUCCCCUGUCAACGGAUAUUGAUCCAUUUCUAGAUGAUAUAAAGCUUAUCAUAAACGGUCAUAUUAAGAGCGGAUAUAAGUUUGAUCCAAAGAAAAGUAUAUCCCCUGAAAACAAGGAGUAUUAUAAAGAAACGCCUUCAAUUUCCGAUAAGAUUCAUUGUGCGAUUAUUGUCUUUGAUAGCAGACAUUGGGAAGAAAUACAUAAGAGUAUUAUAAGGAACGUCAAGAAGAUCAUGGAAACACUACACUCAAUGAAUAUCCCUGUGAUUGCCGUUCUGACAAAAACUGACAAGCUGUCCGCCCAAGUAAAAUACAAUGUCGAGUCCAUUUUCCGAUGUAAGAAAACCCAACAGGCUGUGAAUAAAGUAGCUGAGCAACUUGCAAUUCCAGCCCCAAAAGUGUUUCCUGUUGUAAAUUUUGAGGAAAGGGAUCACUUUACAUGGCGAGAAUCUAUUCCGAUACUUCUUUUUUUGAGAGCUUAUCUAAGAAUGGCCAAAGAGCAUGCACACCAUGCCGAUGAAGUGGUAAAGAAAAAAAUCUGAAACAUACAUAUCCGUCAUAAACUCAAAAUAUUAUGGUACCUUCUGUACAUACAGCACAUAUUAAUAUAUUUACAUUUUACAUUUUACAUUUUUAGAAUUUUAUUUUGUUUUAUAGAUAAUGUUUAUGCGCAAAAUAUCUGGAAAGGGAAGGGAAAGUCGUACAACAGCAAUGAUCAAAAUAAAAAAAAAUAAAAAAGGCUAAAAAUCACAGAAACGGUCCUAUUGAGUCUGUGCUUGUCAUAAAAUAUUAAAUGCAAAGUAUUUCCCAUCCUUUAGGACCGGUUAAAGUUGUAUUGAAUCCAUAACAUCACAAUCAUUUGCAUAAUCAACCCUGAAGAACCAGUUAAAUAUUACAACACUUAAUAAAGUUCGGGAAGCCAAACUCACUUCGGAAAAAGAAAAAUAAAUGUGUUGAAUUUAUGUUUUUUUUAAAAGGUUUCUUUUAAAAUGAAAUUGUAAAUUCAUAAUCGAGCAUGACUAAUGAAUGACUUCAAUGAUGUUUUAGUAACACUUCAUUAUUAGAAUUGUAGUAUCUAGCCAAUGGUGUGACAAUCAUAUUAGAAAAGAAGUUGAGUAUAUAUACCUUUUAAAUCGUAGCUGUUCUGACUUUAAACAUAAUGUUUUGUUUAUUUUGUAUAUUGGCUUAUCUGUUAUACUAUGUUAAUCAGUGGAACGGGGUUAAGAAAUAAAUAUCUUUUAUCUAAAUCCCAGGUAGAAAUUUAUUACACUGUGCAAGAUCUUAGAAGUACUUGUAUCAUAAUUUUAUUGCAUUGAAUGUGACUUGUACAUAUAACUCGCCCAAUUGUUUGUGCAAUUAUUUAAAACAUUUCUGAUCUUAAAUAACUUUAAAAUCUUUAAAUUAAUGAAACACUUUAAUUUGGUAUCAAUCAAUCUACUUAUUAUCUCUAAACCGAAACCUGCCAUACCUACUAUGAUGAAAAGAUAAUUGGGUACUGUGUGUUUCCUUAUCAAUUAACACAUACCAUUUCAUAAUCAUUUCGCUUGCACUUAUUAAAUGAUCUUUCAGCACAUUAAAGGUUUGGGGGAUAGGGAUGUGUCAUUUUGGCAUGUAUUGCUUACUCUAAUGGACCAAUCAAAACAUAAAAUUAGGUAAUUCUAGUAUGACCUUGACCUUUUUUACGUUUACCUUAUCAGUUUGUUAAUCAGAAAAAUAUGAGAGUGUGCCGUGUUUGCAUUGACUAUUGUGGAAACCUUGUUUCAUGGCGUUGUCAUGUUCUUUGUUGAAAAUUGUAUUUUAUUUUUACAUUCAGACAUACCCAAGAAUAUUAUUUGCCAAAUAUAUCCAAAUAUUAUAUAAUCAACAUAGUCAAAUUCUGGCUGAAAUUUUAUUUUUGUGAUUAAUAUUGUACUCAACGUUUUGUGAAAUCAGUCUGUGUGAAUAAAUCACUUUUAUCUAUUA